AUGCAACAUAUUACAUCUAACAAUCUUUUGAAUAGCCAGCAGUAUGCCUACCAGACAGGUCGUUCAACGACGGACGCGGCGCGCGAUGUGGUCGCGCGAGUGAUGGUGCAUCUCGAGGGCGGGCGGCAGGUCGCAGCGAUAUUCUGCGACCUUUCGCGCGCCUUUGAGAUGAUCGACCACUCAUUGCUCCUCUCGAAACUGGCACGCUACGGCUUCGAGGGCAACUUUCUCAACACGAUUGCCUCUUUUCUCAGCAAUCGACAGCAAAGCACUGUUGUUCUCGGCGUGAAGUCAAACCUCGAACCCGUAGGGGCUUGUGCGGUACCGCAAGGAUCGAUGAUGGCCUGA